AUCCUUAUUACUGAAGACUGAAGACUGGAUAUUGAUCUAUUGAUUCCUAAACUAUGACAACGAGGUCGCGGACUUCUGAAGUACAGCAUAUAGUGCUUAAAUUUAUCGUUUGUGUAAGAGACUUUAGGGAAGAUAAGGAAAUUGUUUGAAGUGUGAGGCUUCGUACAAGUCAAUUAUUAGUUCCAUCUAAAUGCAAAUGAUAAUUUACAAAUGAAAACUCCAAAAUCCAAGAGUAAAAAACCCUCUAAUGAAAUUGAUGAAUCUCAAUCAACAUCUGAUCAAUUAUUUUUAAUUAUCUCUUUAGAUAUAGCAAAAAAAUUUUUAAAUCAUUUAAAUAAUGAUCAUAAUCUUAAAUUAGAAAUACAAAGUUAUUUAGAAAAUGCAAAUUUAAUUUUAAAAAGACCAAAUUUAAUAUUGAAUUCAUUUAUUAAAACUGAUUUAUUUAAACAAAAAUAUCAAAUUCAAUCAAUGGAUUUAAUUAAUAAUAAUAAUAAUAAUAAUCUUAAUCAUUUAAAUAUAAUGGAACCUAAAACAUCAUUAUGGGAUUCAGCAUUAAUUAAUUAUUUUUUAGAAUGUAUUAAAUGGUCAACAACUAAAUGGAUCCAAGAAUUUUAUAAAAAAAAAACUAAAAAAUUCAAUUUAAUCAAUAAUAAAAUCAAUAAUUUAAUGUUUCAAUCAUAUCAAUUAUUGAUUAGUGAUCAUUAUAAUGAUAUGAAUAUAGAAAAAUUAUUAUGUAUUAUAAUUAGUUUUACAACUGCUUAUAUAUUAUUACGUCAUUUACAAUUAUGGCAAUUAAAUAAUAAACAUUUAUAUAUUAAUAAUAUUGAAUUCAGUAGUAUACAAAAUGAUAAUUUAAUUAACAAUAAUACUAAUAAUAAUAAUGGUAAUAAUAAUAAUGAUAAAACGACAUGUUUAAUUGGAUCCAUUCAUUUCUUUAAAUCAUUAUUUCAAUUAUCACCUACUUAUAUCCCUAAUAAUAAUAAUAAUAGUAGUCAUAAUAGUACUACUAAUAAUGAUAAUAGUAGUAAUACUAGUAAUAUUGAAAAUAAUUUAUUAAAUUUUGAAAAACAAUUUUUUGGUUAUUUAUCUAAUCUUGAUUUAAUUGCAGCAGAAUUAUUAAUUGAAUAUUUUUCAAAAAAUUUUUUAAAUAAACAUUAUUUAUUAGAAAAAGUUUUUGGACCAUAUACAGCAAUUAAUCAAAAAUUAAUUAAAAUCCCUUGUCCACUAUAUUUUGAUACAUUAUUGGAAACAUUUGAAACAUCAUCAGAUUCUAUAUGGCCAGCUCCAUUAUCUGAAGCUAUUCCACUUAAAUUUAUAUCAAAAUAUUCUCAAUCAUUUCCUGAAAAAGUAACUAAAUGGUUAAAAAUUUUUAAACCAGAUGAUAGUUCAAAAGAAAUCGAACAACAACAACAACAACAACCACAGCAACAACAACAAAACGAACAACCUAUCUCUUCAGAAAAGGAGAUCCAAAUUACUUCAACUACAAAUGAAUUAAAACAAGACAAAUUAGAUCCAAUGUUUAAAUAUAUUACUUCUAUUGAUACAUUAGAUUUGAAUGAAUUGAAUGCAAUUAUUCAAGUUAAUCCAAUGGAAUUAGAUAAUAUUAUAGAAAAGUUAUUAACUGAAUUAUCAUCUUUAAAAUUAUCUAAUCAAGAUUAUAUUAAUAAAAUGAAAGAGAAACAAAUUGAAUUAGGUAAACAAUUGAUAGAAAGAGCAAAAGUUAGAAUGAAUGAAUGGAAUAAACAAAAUAAAUGAAAGUCGGAUGAGUAUUUGUAAUAUCAAAAGAAGGAAGUCAUCUAUUAUGGUAUAUAUAAUUUUCAUAAUAAAGUGAUACUAUAAACA